AGGCUCGCACUCGACCACUUUGCGGAGCAGGCAUGGGAGCCGCGCGCGUCCUCCGGGCGCCCACACCUGUCUAAGCGACGCACGCCCGCGGUCCCGGCGGGCUGCUCCACGCGGUAGCACUCAGCAUGGCUGGAAUCCCAGGGCUCUUCAUCCUUCUUGUCCUGCUCUGUGUGUUCAUGCAGGUGAGUCCUUACACCGUUCCGUGGAAACCCACAUGGCCGGCUUACCGCCUCCCUGUAGUCUUGCCUCAGUCUACCCUCAACUUAGCUAAGGCAGACUUUGACGCCAAAGCGAAAUUGGAGGUGUCCUCCUCGUGUGGACCCCAGUGUCACAAGGGAACACCACUGCCCACCUACGAAGAGGCCAAGCAGUACCUUUCCUAUGAAACCCUUUACGCCAAUGGCAGCCGCACAGAGACUCGAGUGGGCAUCUACGUCCUCAGCAGUGGUGAAGGCAGGGCACAAGGCAGAGACUCGGAGGGCACAGGGAGAUCUCGCAGGAAGAGGCAGAUUUACGGUUACGAUGGCAGGUUUAGCAUUUUCGGGAAGGACUUCCUGCUCAACUAUCCUUUCUCCACAUCGGUGAAGUUGUCUACUGGCUGCACCGGCACCCUGGUGGCUGAGAAGCACGUCCUCACUGCUGCCCACUGCAUACACGAUGGGAAAACCUAUGUGAAAGGGACACAGAAACUCCGAGUGGGCUUCCUGAAGCCCAAGUAUAAAGAUGGUGCCGGAGGGAACAACAGCUCGAGCCCAGCCAUGCCAGAUAAGAUGAAGUUUCAGUGGAUCCGUGUGAAGCGCACCCAUGUGCCCAAGGGGUGGAUCAAGGGCAAUGCCAAUGACAUCGGCAUGGAUUAUGACUACGCCCUGCUGGAACUCAAGAAACCCCACAAAAGAAAGUUCAUGAAGAUUGGUGUGAGUCCUCCAGCAAAGCUGCUCCCGGGGGGCAGGAUCCACUUCUCUGGUUAUGACAAUGACCGGCCCGGCAAUUUGGUGUACCGCUUCUGUGAUGUCAAAGAUGAGACCUACGACCUUCUCUAUCAGCAGUGUGACGCCCAGCCCGGGGCCAGUGGUUCAGGGGUCUAUGUGAGGAUGUGGAAGAGACCCCAGCAGAAAUGGGAAAGAAAAAUUAUCGGCAUCUUUUCAGGGCACCAGUGGGUGGACAUGAAUGGCUCUCCACAGGAUUUCAAUGUGGCAGUUAGAAUCACGCCUCUUAAAUAUGCCCAGAUUUGCUAUUGGAUUAAAGGAAACUACCUGGAUUGCAGGGAGGGGUGACAGGAGUCUUCUUGCCAGCACCGAUGGUCCUUUUGCACUCAUUGUAGGAGAGGCUACCUUUUUAUCAUUGACUCUUGUGGUGUGUGUCACAUAGUAUCUUUUACCUAGUAUUCUUCAAAUGGCAAAACUAUUGGCUAUAUUAUUUUAAAAACUGUUGUGUGCAUUAUAGCAUUUAUGCAGUCUGAAAGCAUACCUUUGCAUAGAGACUUUAAAAUAUUGGUGUUUGGGGUAAUAGGGCCUAUUUGGCAAGUAAGUUAAACUUUCAGUUUUUGGAGAAUUCCGAUUUUUGUCUGAUCCAAACUUGCUUCAGAGGUUUAUAUCAAAUACGUGACACACAGGGAAUAUGAAUUCUUAUAUUUGUAUAUGUAUAUGUUUUCUGAGAGUCAUAUAUUGAUAUUUUUGUAAUGUGUGGUUAUUAUGCUUCCAGAUGAUGAUAGCAAAGCCUUCAAUAGGCAAUUUAUAAUGUUUCGGAUUCAAACAUUUAUGUAGUAGUCCUUGAAGAGAAACAAUAAUUUAUUGGCUAUAUUGAUACCCAUAUUAAACUGUAUCUUACAGUGCACAGAAUUCCCACGCUGCUUUUAGUUUUGAAAAUAAAACUUUCCCUUGUAAAAAAAAAAAAAAAAACUGCUGUUCUGCUUUUGUGGGACGUCUGUGUACAGUUCUGCAAAGCUUGCUAUCACACCAGAGUGGGCAAAUCAUUAAUCCCAAUCCCUGCUCUUGGCAAGGUUUUAUCUGCAUGUCUGAAGCUAACAGUUUCUCGAAAGACAGUAAGUGGGGCCUAAUUAGAA